CAAGUACGCAAAGCAUCAGGCUCGUGUCGGUCCCGAAGUACCAGCGGCAUUAAUUAGUGAUGGGGCGGUCCCCCUAUAAAAGGAGACGCGCCCAGCGCUCCGCUCUGUCUCCAGACGCGCCAGGAUGAGCUACGGAUCAGAAGUACUUUCCUCCUCCUCCUACCGGAGGAUUUUCGGGGAUUCUCCCCGUUACGCGUCCUCUCCCUCGCGGACAGCGAUGAACGUGUCCUCGCGUGGAGGGGGCUUUCGGUCCUCGUCUCUGUCCAGGACCAACUUCCCCCCCCUGGGCUCGUACGGCAGAAAGCCCGGCCGCUCCUUCUCGCCGAUGCCGCUGGAGACCUUCGACCUGACGCAGAGCAGCGUCCUCAACAACGAGUUCAAAAUCAUCCGCACCAACGAAAAGGAGCAAAUGCAAGGUCUCAAUGACCGCUUUGCGAUGUUUAUCGAGAAAGUGCGCAACUUAGAGCAGCACAACAAAAUGCUGGAGACAGAGUUGAUAGCUUUGCGCCAGCGGCAGACCGAGCCGUCCCGCCUGGCUGAGCUCUACCAGCAGGAGAUCCGCGAACUGCGCUCCCAGCUCGAUGAGGUGAACGGGGAGAAGUCCCAGCUGAUGAUCGAGAGGGAUAAUAUUGAAGACGACCUGCAGAAGCUUAGGGGGAAGUACGAAGAGGAGUUCCGUGCCCGCGAAGAGGCGGAGGGCACCCUCAGGGCUUUUAAGAAAGAUGUAGAUGAUGCGACCAUGGUGCGCCUGGACCUGGAGAAGAAGGUGGAGUCCCUUCUGGACGAGAUCAACUUCCUGAGGAAGGUGCACGAGGAGGAGGUGGCCGAGCUGACAGAUAUGAUCCAGGCCGCUCAGGUGUCCGUGGAGAUGGAGGUGUCCAAGCCAGACCUCACCUCCGCCCUCAAGGAGAUUCGAGGCCAGUACGAGUCUAUGGCGUCCAAGAACCUGCAGUCCGCCGAGGAGUGGUACAAGAGCAAGUUCGCGGACCUGUCUGAGCAGGCCAGCCGGAGCAACGAGGCCAUUCGCUCCAGCAGGGAGGAGGUGAACGAGUUCAGGAGGCAGCUGCAGUCCAAGACUAUCGAGAUCGAGAGUCUGAGGGGAACCAACGAGUCUAUGGAAAAGCAGCUGCGGGAGAUGGAGGACAGGCACAAUGUGGAGAUCGGAAACUACCAGGAAAGCAUGGCAGAGCUGGAGAAUGAUCUGAGGACCACCAAGAGCGAGAUGGCCCGUCACCUGAGGGAGUACCAGGAUCUACUGAAUGUCAAGAUGGCACUGGAUAUUGAGAUUGCUGCCUACAGGAAACUACUGGAAGGGGAGGAGACUCGUAUUGGUACGGGUAUCCCCUAUCCCAGCUCCUCGCUGAGCGCUGGCAUUGGGCCAGCCUACAGCUACCAGACCCGCAUUUACGCAAGUCCUGGGAAGAGCUCCAAGAAGGAGGCCAAGGAUGACGAGCAGCAGCAGCAGAGCAAGCCUGGGGCCAAGGUGUCCCAGCGGGAGGUCUACGAGGAGACAGUGGUCACCACUAAGAAGAUGGAGAAGCAGCAAGAGUCUAGCGAUAUUCCCACCAAUCAGAAAAACUAGGCGCCUGCUGUGAGCCCGUAAAGCCCUCCAUCCUUCAACUCCACCACUCUGUUCCUCUCCAAACACACCUUCAGCCCCGCGCGUGUGCAGACAGAUAUGACAGCAUUGCUUUCCUGGUAGAACAGUGAAGAUGUGACGCGGCGUGCAGGGCUGGAGGUGUGUUGUAACUUGUCUGGUCCCCCCCCCACGUGCUCUCUAAAGUACAUUCAGUCUAACUUAACUAUAACCAUCACUCUAUACAAAACCACAGUACAUCGAUUCUCUCUCGUUCUCUUUCACAAACUCUACGUCAUACAAUAACAAGCACUUAGUUAGUAUCUCCCACAGAAAUACAGCCUUCAAAGGACAAUAAUCAACUGGUCUUUCUCACUAAUAUUACAUUAAUAUGUUUAUGGCGACACACACUAGAUAGAGCAGGCAGUGAGAGGCUCUCAGCACCUUCCAGUCGAUGCAUGUGUGUGUGUGUGUAGGUGUUACUAUGUGCAAGCAAGCACAUCAGUUUGUCUCAGAUACUUCUGCAUCCAUUUACAAAAUACUAAUAAAUUUACUCCUGACACCAAGCAAACACGUUAGUAAGAAAGCACACAAUUAGGAAACCAGCCAAAGUAAACAGCAGAUGAUGGGUUUUCAUUUGCCAUCAUUUUAGGUGUCCUGAGUAGAAAAGACUUAAAAAAAAAAAAAAGACUUUGCUCUGGACGACUACAGUAUAAGUGAAGAUAGUCGCCCUCAGUGGAGCACUGGCGCUUAACUUAAGUUGAUUUAACUAAAGCAGAACACCGUAGCUCAUGAACGUGAAGCGUACAGGAAAAUAAAUAGUACCAAUAAAGCCUCGUUUGCAUGGUUUAUGUCCAGAUCAUGCUUGCAUGGAAUCCAUCAGACCAUCAUCGCCACCCAACGCUCCGCCUCAGUGCUGAGCUCCAUGACGUACACUGGCUCAGAACUGCCAUAGGAACGCGCUUGUUAAACUGUGGGCUAGAUGUGAGACUGCUGGCUUCGUUAGGCUACAGAUCCCUGGUGGUGAAACACCUUGGUCAAUGAGCAAGGAGAUUCAGGGGGAAAAUGCUGCAAAUGCACAGGACUGUGUGUGAUGUCUGACGUCUGCGUGUGACGGGUUGUUUGUGUUUGUCAGACUAUUUCCCAUGUGCCAUCCGUGACGGUGGGGGAUCACACAUAGGCCCCAUUAUCCAUAUCCAGUAAGAAACCAUGUCAACAAAACUCCAACUGGAUGUGUCCAAACCUGCCAAAGCGUGAUGUGUCAGACCCCCCCCCCCCCCCUUAAUCUCUGGCCAUGACUGGAUCAGAUGUCUGUUGUAGUGUGACUUCUACUCUCCGCCACUGUGGAAUCCUGGCGUGUGGUUUUCCUGCUUGUGCACUGCCAACCUUAAAACAGCUUUGUGGCUCUCGUGCUGCUGGUCGGGGUCGUCGGCGCCCCGACGUACUGCACUUACAGUGAGAAUGAAACAACUACUGAUUGUACGGCAGACUGCUCUGAAUAUUGUUCCUGUAGUUUUACCUGAGGCUUGUGAUCAGUACCUUAGUACUAGAUUAAAUGUGUGUGCGUGUGUGUGUGUGUGUGUGUCUACACAGUGGCCUAUCAUAACUAGAAUUAUAUUAGGGGCAGCAGAUUAUAGAGUUGGGCAGAAAACACAGUUACCGUGAGUAAAGAGUAUGUAGCAUUUGUAGCACACAGCUACAACAAUGGAGGCGUCAGUCAUGCUUGUGAAUGUAGGGCUGUUAUCUUCUACAAACCAAAACAGAAGAAAAUGUCACUAUAACUUAGAGCACUGCCAGACUUUUCUAAAUGCACAUGCAACACGCUUCAUGAAAUAAAAUACCGUUUUCUUAAAAAAAACAGUUCGCCACCAAUUAAAGACCAACCAUCAAGGUGUAGCCAUGGAACAAACGUGAUGUGAAAUGCCUUAAAUCACCAGCAGCUCUUUCUGGCCAUGUGUGUGAUUGUGUUCUGUGUGGUGUUUGUUCAUCAUUAUCUCCUCAUUAGCUUUUAUUAGCGUCGCCAUGGCUACAGAAGCACAGGGGCUGAAUGUAGUUGACAUGCUGUUCUCUUUACUGUGAUUACUACUGUAUUGCUUUGUGACACCGUAUCAAUAAAGGCUUGACAUCACCCAA